GCGGUGAAGAGCAGCCUGGCGUAUAGAAGACAUUCAAUACGGGAAUGUUCCCUUGAUCGUUCCUUUAUUCAUUUUUUUUCUCCUUCCUCAACCCCACCCAAGUUUUGUUUUUUCUUUAAAUUCCCUUUUGACCUGGAGCAUUUAGACCCAAUGCGACUGCCGUAGGGCGGGAUGGCAAGAUGGCGGCCUCUGCCUUUGCCCGUGCCUUCAGAGCUGCAUCAGGAGUCUUACGGCCCCUGAAUAUUUUGGUGUCUUCAGCCUGUCAAAACGGUGUCAAGAAUGCCUGUCUUAGUUCUGCACUGUCCACCCGGCAUUUUAGUUCUCUGCAGACAACAGUUGUUUCCUCUGCUCCCAGACUUGCCACGUCUGUCAGAAACCUGACGUGUGGACAUACUGCAGCAAUCCUCAAUAGAGCGGCCCCCUUGCUUCCAAAUGUCCUGAAGCUACCAGUCAGAACCGUAACAUACUUCAGUUCACGGAAAGGGAAGAGAAAGACUGUGAAAGCUGUCAUCUACAGGUUUCUUCGACUUCAUUCUGGCCUGUGGCUAAGGAGGAAGGCUGGUUAUAAGAAAAAAUUAUGGAAAAAGACGACUGCAAGAAAAAGGCGCUUGAGGGAAUUCGUGUUCUGCAAUAAAACCCAGAGUAAGCUCUUAGAUAAAAUGACAACGUCUUUUUGGAAGAGGCGAAACUGGUAUGCUGACGAUCCUUAUCAGAAGUAUCAUGAUCGGACAAACCUGAAAGUCUAGAUCAGAAGUUUUAGGACUUCCCAGUUACUGAAUAUGUAUCUUUGUGUAUAUGAUGUCUUUGCAAAAAUAAAUAAGUGUAAAACUUGA